AGGUGAAAAAUAAUUAUGUUUUUGUUUACAGUUACAGUAAAAUGGGGAAAGGAGAAAUUUGAAGGUGUAGAAUUGAAUACUGAUGAAUCUCCAAUGGUGUUCAAGGCCCAGCUUUUUGCACUGACUGGAGUCCAGCCAGCCAGACAAAAAGUUAUGGUGAAAGGAGGUACACUGAAGGAUGAUGACUGGGGAAACAUCAAAAUGAAAAAUGGAAUGACUAUACUAAUGAUGGGGUCAGCAGAUGCUCUUCCAGAAGAACCCUCAGCUAAAACUGUCUUCGUAGAAGACAUGACAGAAGAACAGUUAGCAACGGCUAUGGAGUUACCAUGUGGAUUGACAAACCUUGGUAACACUUGUUACAUGAAUGCUACAGUUCAAUGUAUUCGUUCUGUGCCUGAACUCAAAGAUGCCCUUAAAAGGUAUGCAGGUGCCUUGAGAGCUUCAGGGGAAAUGGCUUCAGCACAGUAUAUCACUGCAGCCCUUAGAGAUUUGUUUGAUUCCAUGGAUAAAACUUCUUCUAGUAUACCACCUAUUAUUCUACUGCAGUUUUUGCAUAUGGCUUUCCCACAGUUUGCGGAGAAGGGUGAACAAGGACAAUAUCUUCAGCAGGAUGCUAACGAGUGCUGGGUACAAAUGAUGCGAGUGUUGCAACAGAAACUAGAAGCCAUAGAGGAUGACUCUGCGACAGAGACAGAUUCUUCUGCAUCAGCAGUGACACCUUCUAAAAAGAAAAGCUUAAUUGAUCAGUUUUUUGGUGUUGAGUUUGAAACUACCAUGAAAUGUACGGAAUCUGAAGAAGAGGAGGUCACCAAAGGAAAGGAAAAUCAACUUCAGCUUAGUUGUUUCAUCAACCAAGAAGUUAAAUAUCUUUUCACAGGGCUUAAAUUGCGACUUCAGGAAGAAAUUACUAAACAGUCUCCAACAUUGCAGAGAAAUGCUUUGUACAUCAAAUCUUCUAAGAUCAGCCGGCUACCUGCUUACUUAACUAUUCAGAUGGUUCGAUUUUUUUAUAAAGAGAAAGAAUCUGUGAAUGCCAAAGUUCUCAAGGAUGUUAAAUUUCCUCUUAUGUUGGAUGUGUAUGAACUCUGCACACCAGAACUUCAAGAGAAAAUGGUCUCUUUUCGGUCAAAAUUCAAGGAUCUAGAAGAUAAAAAAGUGAAUCAGCAACCAAAUGCAAAUGACAAGAAGAGUAGUCCCCCAAAAGAGGUUAAGUAUGAACCCUUUUCAUUUGCUGAUGAUAUUGGCUCCAAUAAUUGUGGAUACUAUGACUUACAAGCAGUGCUAACUCACCAGGGAAGAUCUAGUUCUUCAGGUCAUUAUGUAUCAUGGGUGAAAAGGAAACAAGAUGAAUGGAUCAAGUUUGAUGAUGAUAAGGUCAGCAUUGUAACACCAGAAGAUAUCUUGCGGCUGUCUGGUGGUGGAGACUGGCACAUUGCUUAUGUUUUACUUUAUGGGCCUCGAAGAGUUGAAAUAAUGGAAGAAGAAAGUGAACAGUAAUCUUCAAUUUAGCUAUUUAUGCAGAGGUGUGAAAUAAAUGUUUUUUUGUUGUUAUUGUUGAUCAUUUUUAUAAUCUUGAGCUCUAAGGGGAACAAAGGAGAACAGAACCAGGCCACUUGUGCAUCAGCCUAAAGAAAAUUACGUUUGGGUGCUACCCUGUAUAAAGGUAGAUGGAAGACAUUCUUUAAAAGCUUAUUUCUUGCAUUAAUUCUUACAAAUUCCUAGCUGAAGUCCAUUUAUUCCCCUUGCCCUUCCAGCUCAAGAUUUAGCAAUGAUGUUUAUUGCACACCUACUUGUUGGUCUUGCAUGGUUAACAUCACCAUUCAGUAGCUGCCCGUCCUUUACCUUAUCUAACGAAUAUUUUUCUAGGAAGAUGGAAAAGGAAGUGUUGCUCUCAUCGUGUAACUCAGUGCUGCUGUCCACAUCCCAUCAACUGGGUACAAUCAAGUAUUUGUCCAGACUGACUGUUGCUGGCCUUUCAUGACUUUACAAUAAAUUGUGAUCAAUAAGAAUACA